AUGGAGAAAGGGUGUGGGGAGCAGGGGGAGGUCAGGGAGAGUUACAGCAGUUUCCUUUCUGUGUUCACAGGGAACACAGCUUCACAAACCAUCUCAACCCCACUGAUUGUGAACGGGGUCCUGGGGGAGUCUAUAACACUUACCCUGAAGUUUCCUGUGGAAGAGAAGAUCACGUCCAUCACCUGGCUUCAUAAUGGAACAUCUACCAUCUUCAUAGAGCCAAAUAGAGCACUAAACAUGGUGACUGACCCAAAGCGGAAAAAUCGAUUGAAUGUCACAGAGUCCUACUCCUUGCAGCUCAGCAACCUGACGAUGGCAGACACAGGACUUUACAGCGCCCAGAUAACCACACUGACCUCUUCACUGUUUACCAGUUAUGAUCUGAGGAUCUUCAGACGACUGAGGAACUUACAAGUUGUCCCUCACACUAAAUGGUCUAAAAAUAGGACCUGUGAGAUCCACCUGACCUGCUCUGUGGAGAAUCCAAAUGAUAAUGUAUUAUUCAGGUGGCAGGUCUCAGGAAACACACUUCAAAGUGAAGCAAACCUCACUAUCUCCUGGGACCCCAAGAGUUUCAAUGAAGAGACCUACACCUGCGUAGCUGAGAAUCCUGUCAGCAAUUCAUCCUUCUCUGUCUCUGUCCAGAGUCUCUGCAAAAGUGUUACUAAUGAAAAAAAUGAACAGCUGGAUACCACGUGGAUUGUAGUGGCAGUUUCUUCAAUAUGUUUCUUUCAAUUCUCUACUCAGCAAACCCAGUGUCCUGCAGAGACUGUGAGGAACUUAGAGUAUGCUUCCUUCUCUCCAGGGAGUACUGUGUAUGCUCAGGUCACCCAUUCAAACAGGGAAAUGGAAAUCCCAAAACCUGUGAAAAGCAAUGACUCCAACACAAUUUACUCUGAAGUUCAACAGCCCCAAGAGAGAAAGCCCAUCUAUUCCAGGACAAUUGCCCUUCACAAUGUCAUGUAA